AUGACCGCCCUCCGGGACAGCAUGUUUUUAGGAGGAGGGAACACACGGAGGAAAGAAAUCACCAACGUCACCAUGGCAGCCUUCAUGCUCCCCGUGCAGCACCUUAAUGAGAUCACCCCUCUGAUUCUGCUGGAGUUCCACCCUGAGGUGGAGGCUGACACUGUGGACUGGCUCCUGGGGAAGAUCCUUACACCUGAGCCCCUGGGGGGACUAGACCUUUUGGCCAGAGUGAUCAGCCGGACCAGGGCCGGGGGUGCCAUCAUGGUGGUGGGGGCCACGCCAGAGCGGCUGCUCCUGGAGGCUGACGAGGACCUUCUGUUCAGACACAAGCCCUGCUGCCCAAAGGAGAGGAUCCUAGACAGGCUGAGAGUGGGGGAGGGGGAGGAAAUUCAGGUGCUCCAGCGGAUUCCCCUCCUUCCAGGAGAACCAGUGAUGGCCAGUCUGUCCCGCUUAAGAGUCCUAACUAGCAUCUACCCCCUACAUGAAGCGCCACUGCUUCAGAGCCUCCAGGGGAGGUGGUGGGCUGGCUGGUGUGGCCUCAAACCCUUCAGCCAGAGAGAGCAUUGGCAGCUGCUGGAAGAUAUCAGGGCUUAUUUUGGGGAGGUGGUGGCCCUCUACUUUGGGUUUGAGGGUUCGCUCAUCAGUGCUCUCCUCCUGAAAUCCACCUUGUCCAUGUUUCUCUCCUUCUACCCCCUCAGACUGGGGAACAACCUGGUCUUUUUCACCCUCUCUAGUGUGGUGUGGUCAGAGCUGUUCCUGAAGGGCUGGGGGGAGAAUAGCAAAGCCCUGCAGAGGGACUGGGGGACUGUGGUCACUCAUCUGUCACGCAGUCACUCAUCAAUAGCAGCAGCGGUGCCCAGGGUGGCACAGGGCACAGCACCACCACAGCCCCAGAUUGAUGCCCACCCUUUUGGAAAGAUGAGCUUGAGGAGACUGCAACACUCCGUUGCCUUCCUAACCUGCACCCUCUGCCUCUCCUCCAUUCUGAUCCUGAUGUAUUUACACCUAGAUGGACUAGUGGGGGACUUCCUCCUGAGAGAAGAGCUCAGUUUCCUCUUUCACAACAUCCUUGUCUACCUCCCCAAAAUCGCCCUCACGGUUGCCAUGGCAGGGAUGGACUGUGUUGCAUUCCAACUGUCCCAAGGCCUCAGCCCUGAUCCCGAGCCGCCAGGGCAACAGUCACCAAGGCAACAGCCCCUGCUCCCUGAGGUUAUCCUCUCCUGCCUCUUCAACCACUUUUCCGUCCACUUCUACAGGGCUCUGAUCUUGAAGGACCUCGCCAUGGUGCGCUUCCACCUGUCUGUGCAGCUGGCCACCCACCUGGGCAUCAAGCUACUGUCCGCCACACUAUUUCCCCGCCUGAGGAGGAUGAGGACGCCCCUUGGCCGCGCCCACCAGGAACAUCAGUCUCCCGUCCUUAGACAGAUCAUAGAGCAGAGCAACAGACCACCGUGUGACACCCAGACCUGGAGCUACCUGGAGCUCCUCAUCUCCUACUGCCACGUCAUGUUCUUCUCAGGCAUCUACCCCCAGUGUGCCCUCUGGUGCCUGUUGACCAUCAUAGCUAAAUCCUGCAUGGACUUGUGGCACCUGUGUUCAGGCGCACGCCGCCCCUUCCCCAGAACAUCCCCCGGGGGUAACUUUUUGUGGCAGCGGGUCUUCUGUGGCUUUGAGGCCCUGGCUGUCCUGCUCAACUCCCUCCUGCUGAGGUCCUCUCUGGAGUUCAGGCUUCUCUUCCUGAGCUAUACUGGGUGGGAAAUGUUCAGGGCCUUCCUCCUGCUGCAGCUGUCGCUGCUGAGCCUGAGAGGAGCGGUCACCUUCCUGCUCCUCUACCUGGCCUGGUUUGUUGGCAGAAAGGCAGAGCAGCCUGAGACUCGCCAACCCCACCUCCACAGGCUCCAUCGCCACCAGCACCAUCAACAGCAGCACUCUCACAUACUGUAG